AGAAAGGCUGUGCUUCUCUGGUCUCAGCUCUGAGCUCCAACCCCUCCCACCUGAGAGAGCUGGACCUGAGCUACAACCAUCCAGGAGAGUCAGCAGGGAAGCUUCUGUCUAGACUGGAGGAUCCCCGCUGGAGACUGGACACUCUCAGGUAGGAAGACAGAAGGACAUCAGUGUGCUGGACUCUUCAUGGUGUCUUUGUGGAAAUCAUAUUUGUGGCUCUGGAUUUUGUUGUGGCAAUUUGUAUUAAUUAUACAGAGUAGAAUACAGAUACCUGUACCCGACAUGUGGAUGCUAGUCCUCUUAGAGGAAGGUAUACAUUACAAAAGAGAGGUGACCCUUUCAUCUGCAUUUACAUGUUUUAUAUCCUCCUCUUCCAUCCUGUUCCUUACAGCUGUUGGCCUUUUGUUACAAACCAUAUAAUGUCUGAAUGUUUUCCAUGACACUUUGAACAGAGAUCUUUGAGCAGACGGAGCUGCUGCAGCUCAUCUGGUGCUGCAGCAGAGCUGAUAGAUGCACUUCACAACUCUGAGCCGUUCUUGACCCGGUAAACAUCCCAGAACCACAGCAGUGUGGUUUUCAGGCCCAUCACAGCACAAUAACAGCUGCACCUUCACUCAUCCAUGACACAGUCUCCUCCUGCUGCUGAUUCAGCAGAGAUGAAACCAGAUGAAGAGAAUGUGUUGAAACUGUGCUGGAAGGUGACGACCACAGGACAGACUUUAGAGAUGCUGCAUUCAAGUGCAUCUGUCCAAGUGUUGGACUGUUCCUUCAUCCGUGUGUGAGAGCCAUGUAAUGUCCAUGUUUGCUGAGAGAGACUGAGCUGGUCUGACCCCCCUCCUCCUUUCAUGGUGGAGCCUGCUGGACAAGGAUUUCUGACACCAGGUCUGAGGAAGUAUUCCUGUCAACUCACCAUCGACACAAACACAGUCCAUAAACACAUCAAACUGUCUGACAACAACAGGACGAUGAUGUGUGUGAAGGAGGAUCAGUCAUAUCCUGAUCAUCCAGACAGGUUUGAUUCCUGGGAUCAGCUGCUGUGUAGAGAAGUUCUGACGGGUCGCUGUUACUGGGAGGUCCAGAGGAGAGGAAGAGUUUAUAUAUCAGUGAGUUACAGAAGAAUCAGAAGGAAAGGAGACUCUGAUGACUGUAGGUUUGGAGGGAACGAUCAUUCAUGGAGUCUGUUCUGUUCUGAUGACGGCCGGUACUCUGUCUAUCACAAUAACAGAGCAACAUCUUCCUCCUCCUCUUCCUCAGUCUCUGACAGAGUAGCAGUGUACGUGGACGUUCCUGCUGGAACUCUGUCCUUCUACAGCGUCUCCUCUGACAGACUGAUCCACCUCCACACCGUCAACACCACAUUCACUGAACCUCUCUAUCCUGGGUUCAGGUUCUGGUUCAGGUUCAAUCCUGGUUCUGGUUCUUCAGUGUCUCUGUGUUGAGUUCAGUCUCAGGAGUCUCCUCCUGUCAGAGAAACUGUCUCUGUUGGACAGUGUGAUGGGAAAUUUUGGUAUAACAUAUAUAUUUUGUCUUGUAUGCUUUCACAAUCCUGUUUUGUUGUGAACAUUCCUAUGCUGCCGAGGGCUAAGGUCAAGCUCUUUUUGACACAGUGCCUGGCAUGGUUGUCAGGGUGACUUACAUAUAUUUUGUCUUUUGUUCCCAGCCUGGCUGAAAGUAUAAGAUAGCAUGUGCCUAAACAUCUCCAGGUCAUUACAGGCUGACUGCUCGUCUGAUCAGGCUGCACUGUGUGAUCUCCAUUCAUGAAUGUUAAUCUUUUAUUAAAACUCUAGAAAGACAGCUGACAUGUCAAGACGUUCUUUUUUGAACACUUUAUUGAACGAACAACAAUUUUUGCCACCACAAUUUGGCGACCACGAAGGGACCCCAUCUGUGAGCGGAUUUUCUUUUUUCCUCUGGACCGAAGGUGAUUAAAGUGCAGCAACAACCUCGUACUCCCCAUCAUGGAAGGUGGAGAGAGGGCCUGACGUCCGGAGGACUGAGAGUCCCCUCACCGAUUGGGGUCUAGCGAACUCGGUGGCUUCAGCAAACACCUCGCUGUUUUUUCGGGUGAGUUUUGAGGAAAGAAAUGGCUGAAAAUUGUGCAAAAGUCUGCUCCUAUCUACUGAAUAGUAGUGUCGGCAGAUGUGCCGGAUACUCGGUUUCCCUACGGGCGGAGGCUUUGUGUCAGAGAGUGGUAGACUUACUUCAAGUUUGGAACUUGGGGGCUCUGGGUUCCGGGAAUCUAGAGUGACCAGACCGGGUCUGGGGGAACUUAGGGCCUUAUAAAUACUAAGACAGGUGGAGUAAGGAGAAGUUUGUCUUUUGUCUGAGCUGAUUUUUGUCUAUUAAUCUCUGGCAUAACAAUUUUGGCUGUCUGGAGAACAAAAAAAUAAUUUUGAAAAAUAAUUAAAGCUGGAAUCUUGACUCUUUCCC